AUGCGCGCAUCACCUGCCACGGGCGAAGAAGCCGCCAAAACUUUCUGGUCUGAUCCUGCCGUCGAGUAUCGCAUACGCGGCUCUUGGUUACUUUCUGGCGGAUAUACGGGCCUUACACAUGCCGCUCUCGAGGCUCACAAGCACAUGCAAUACGUCCUCAUCGAGCUUUCGGGUGCGAACAAGACUCUUUACGAUGACUGGGUGGAUCUCAUAACGCAUCAUAUCAAGUUCUCAGAUGAGGAGGAAGCGAGACUCUACGCAGAGUACCAGAUAGCUGCAUUCUGGCAGGUGCUGCGCGAGUGGUGUCCCCAUGUCGUGAGCGUCGUGCUUCAUACAAACUAUAUUCUCGAACCCGGCACAGAGCCUCCCGGAUUUCUCACGCAGCUGGCAGAAGCAUGUCCAAAUGGGAUUCAUGUGCGCGCGUCGAACUUUAAUGUUAACCACAAUGGUCAGAAGCGUCCCAGGUCGAGGAAGCGUUGGCAGGCGAUCAAGUCUGUUGAUAAGCCAGUAGCUUGGGAGCUGAUCGAGCCCUUGGAUACACCGCGUCUCGUAGUUCCACCAUUUCAGGAACGGGCUGGACCCGCGGGUAAAUGGUGGCGUUGGAUGCACGACGAGACUGAGCCCUACGACUACGUGUAUCACGCGCGAAAACUUCUCCUUAUACAGGCAACGGAAGCAUACUAUCUGCACACUCUUAAAGCCCCUUGUAUAUGUCCAGUGACUGGAUGUGGUCUGCAAUUCGAGGAACCGGGCCAAUGGACAUUGCACUACGUAUCAACCAACGACGAACUACAUGAUAAAGCUACAUUAUCCCCGCCUCCAUGCGAGACGCUUCAGAAAGCGUUUGUACAACAUAACGAACGUUUAAAUCGCAUGCGAGAGAUACAAAAAGAGAGACUGAUCGAGAUGCGCGCUGAAUGGGGUGAAGAGGAAAGUGGACAGCGCAAGCACGUCACACACCAGUUCCUCCAGCAAUUACGCGAUGAUCCGUUGUGCGCCAUUAGGCAGGAACCAGAGAAGAGUCAUUUUUGGCGUCGGUAUCAGGUCAUGAUGAACGAGAAAGACCUUUGGCACUGGGGAUGA